AUGUCCUCGUCCAAUCGCGUUCAUUGUCUCUCCUAUUGUCUCCUAUUGUCUCUGCAAGUGUUGGAAGGAGCCCGUUGCUUGCAGUUGCAGUUGAGAUAUUUAUCAUGUCAUGGGGGAGGCGAGGAUCACGAGCAGGCAGCUCGCUCACAGACACUCGGAGUACAAGAGAAGCAGCAGGAGCACGGGAAUGUAUGGAUGGAUAUGGCAAAUGUGGCAGACAUUGGCAGACGUGUGUUGGAAGUCUCCAGGACGGAGAGGAAAUUCAAUCGGAGACGCCCGCGGGUGGGGGCACCUGGAAGCAGCCUGAAGAUCGGAGCGUCGGCACUUUGA